CUCGUGUGAAACAGCUAUCAGAUACAUUACACGAAAAGUUGAUUCGAUUCCAGUAGCUAUUGUUUUUCCCGAAAAUGUAUUCAACGAGCAUAUUUUUGGUUUUUGUCAGUAUGGACUUUCUGAUUACUUCUUCAAUAAUUGGGAUAUCAGUCGCAAAUGGGCAAGAUGAAAACGAUGAUGAAGACGAUGUUGAUUAUUCUGGUGAUUUGAUGUCAACUUUAGAGCCAACAUUAUUAGAUGAUACGAAAGUGCGGCUUGUUGACGGACCCACAAAGUAUGAAGGUCGUGUCGAGGUGUACGUAAAUGGACGCUGGGGAACAAUAUGUGAUGACCACUUCAACACAGAUGCCGCAUCGGUUGUGUGCAGAAUGCUGCACAUAAAUGUAACUGAUACCACUGUGAUACAGGAAGGUUAUUAUGGGGAAGGCAAUGGUACGAUCUGGCUAGUCGAUGUUCGCUGCUUAGGAUAUGAGUCAACCAUUGCUGACUGUGUUUAUCGUAAUUUGGGAAGUACCACCUGUGAACACUCUGAGGAUGUUGGAGUUAAGUGUACUACAGGUAAUGAAGAAGACAACGGUUCAGUGAACGCUAAACAUGAUAAUGAAGAUAUUACCGUGGACACGGCGGACCCUGAAACAGGGACAGUGACAUGCGCUGCAUCGACAGAAAAUGGCGUUGACUGGCCAGAAGCUCUUGAUGGGCAGAUAUUCCGAUAUAGAUGCAGUCAAGGAUACCAAGGCGAUAUUUAUCGUCGUUGUCAAAAUGGAAACUAUCUUAAUCCUGUUAACAAUUGCACAAGGAAGGCGAUACAGGAUUUAUAUGCCCAGGUGUUUAAUGGCUCCCUCUAUCCUUCGGAGGCUUUGUUGAAGUUAAAGCAGGAAACGAAUCGGCUGAGAACUGCUUACGAGAAUUUACCAACAGCGGGCGAUCUACAGAAAGUUAUCCGGAUCCUUGAAAAAGUCAUUGAAGACAUCGAAAUCAAUUCUGCUGAAAUCGAAAGCGAUACUGACAGUUUCUUCGAAGUUGCGAACAAUUUACUAAAUUGGAAUGCGACAUCCUCAUGGAAAAGUUUAAUUAAUGACAUGGGAGUUGGUGCCGACUCAUUAAUAAACAUAAUCGACCGUUUUAUAACGAAAGUUGUAAACUCUUCUAACGGUGAUUGGAACAAGAAGUUCGACAAGUCAAACUUGUUUAUAGAAAUAGGGCAGGUUGACAAAUGUGUAAACAUUAGUUUUCCGUCUGGUGCCAGUACGACCGAUCAGAUCGUCGUCGGCUGUGGACAAGAAAUCGGGAAAAGGGUAUUUAGCGGCGGCUUGUUCAAAAGUAUUUCGGGAAUGUUGCCUACCUCUUCAAACGAUGUCGACUCGUUAGACAGUUCAAUCAACGCUCCGGUCUUGUCCUUUAGCUUUCACGGACAUCACAACAAGACUGAGAACGUCAGGAUAAGCUUCCAUCUUUUUAAUAAUAGCCUAACAAAUCCGUCCUGUUCCUUCUGGGAAACAAAUCGAAGCGGGAAAAGCCUUUGGUCCUCUGAUGGAUGCCGUUUGGAACAAUAUGACAGGGAAAAGGGAAUCGUGUAUUGCCAGUGUAACCAUCUGACAAACUUUGCUGUUCUAAUGAGCCCCGCCAGUACUUCUGAAACGGAAACUGUUCACCAUCGCCGCCUUGGAGUUUUGUCAAUUGUGGGAUCCAGUAUAUCUAUAAUUGGCUUGUUUCUUACCAUCACGACCUAUGUAUACUUCUGGAGGGCAGUACGUUCGAAGAGGUCAGUUGUGCUUGUCAACCUGUAUACGGUUCUACUUCUGGCUAACGUCCUUUUUCUGGCAGUGGUCGACAGCACUUCACAACAUGCCUUGUGCACGUCCAGUGUUGUUCUACUCCACUACAUAUUUUUGGCUUCCUUUUUCUUGAUGUUAUCGGAAGGAUGCUUUAUUGCACAAAUGGUGUUUAGACCCCAUGACAAAAGGAACGCAUUACAAGCAUUGCUUGGAAUUUCUUACGGAAUUCCCAUGAUGGUUGUCAUUAUUUCUGCUGCGUCAUCUAAACUGAAAGGUUAUGGAAAUGACAAAUUUUGUUGGCUAAGCAUUGAUUCGGGACUUUUCUGGGCAUUUGCUGGACCGGCAUUGGCAAUCGUAUUUACGAACACCAUCAUCACAGUCGCUGUCAUCAAAAGGAUGUUUGUGACUUCUGCUUUGUCAAAACGAGGAGAUGCUGACAAGAUCAAGACCGGGCUACGUAGCGUGUGUGUCUUGUUUCCAAUUUUCGGGAUCACGUGGUCUUUCGGAGUGUUUGCUGUCAACAGAGAAACAGUCGUUUUCCAAUACCUCUUUGCCAUCUUCAACAGUCUACAGGGGGUCCUUAUAUUCGUUGUUCAGUGCAUUCUGGAUAGAAAAGUGCAGGAGGUGUUCAAAGCCAGGCGAGCCAGGUGGCAUGCACCAGAGGUGUCGAUCACUGCUAUCGAAAUGAAAUCGAAAUCCUUGGCUGUACCAAAAUCAAGUGUGAUGCCCACAGAAUUAACUGUAUAACUGACCAAUUUACAGACUACAAGUUUAUACUUACAGUAGAAUCUGUCAAUAAGUUGGUCGGAAUUAAAUUUUGGUUACUAUCGGGUAGAAAUCCCACUUAUGUAUGAGCUUCAUUAGAAGUACAUUUUAAUUGAAAAUACAUCUACAUUCUCUUAAAAAUGGACUUAAAAUAUUUUAUUUACGUAACUAUUUGGAAGCGAAGUUUAGCGAAAACAUGUCGUUUUUAUUUUUGAUUAUUUUUUCUUUAUAUGUUCCCAGUUUUAGUACAAUGAUGAUUUUUAUUAUGAAACUCUAUGAUCACACAGUCUUCAACCUUAUAUUUUUUAAGGCAGAAUGUGUGUGAUGCUCAUAGUUUCAAACAAUAACUGCAUCGUAUCUUUAAAAAGUGUUUUGCAUUAGGUACUCUAAAUUGUAUUCCUCCGUCUGCAGAUAGAGUUGGGAUCCCCAAUCAUUGAAGUACUUGGGGUUUACCUAUCAGUUUAUUGUUAUUUGUUUUAUAAUUAUGUUUCUUCAAGUUAAUGCAUACUUUGAUAAGAUUUACUUUUUACGUUUUUACCUGAUUCAGUAUUGUUUGAAUAAGAAUGAGGUGUGUGCACGUAAACUGGUUUAAACCCUAACAAUCCUUGAUAAACAUACCUAGUGUUUUUAUAUAGUAAAUGUGCACUGUGGUAUUUGGUGAGUUUAGUGCUAUUAUUCAAUGUUUCUUGUUUGUGAAAAUUUGGUUUUGUGUUAUAUGUCGUUGGAGUUUACCCUGUGCCAUUAAACGGGGUUUAUAACAUAAAGCGAUGUUUAAACUUAUGGCUACUGAGCUUGUUUCUGUAGUUUUUGCACAUAAAUAUUCAUUCAAGGUGAACACAUAUGAAAACGAAUUAUUAACUUGUUCCUACACUCUUUAAUGUUAAAUUUAGUUCAUUUAACAUUUUUAUGGAGACAUAUCAAGUGAUGAAUUCAACCGACUUAGUAAUCUUUGGCAUAUUUUUAAUUUAUAAUCGCUUAAGAAAGAUAAUAAUGAAAUCUAACGACGAGUAAUUGAAUUAGUUUGAAUUAUAAAUUACUCAUUAUCAUUUAAAAAAACAUAAGUGUUAUAUGCUUGCAUGUAUAACUUAGUAUUUAUUUUAUGUAAUUAUUUAUGUAUAUUUCAUUUGGAUUACUGUUUCCUUGAUUGCCAAGUCAGUAUCUAGUCAACUCCAAACAUAUUACAUAUGUAUUUCAGGAUACAUAGGUAUUUGUUGAAUUUAGUGCAAGAUCGUAUUUUAUUUCACGAGACUCAGUGUGAAUAGAAAGAAAUAAUUUCACGACGCAUUUACCUUAUUAUUGCAGUCACGAUCAGUGCAAAACAUAUGUUGAUUAAACAUAUCGUUCUAGUCAGUUGAAGUUUCUUAAGUGGAAUUUAAUCACCGUCAUCGUCUGAGCAGCAUUUGUAGUCUGACCGUUUGCAAGCUAGGGUUUUAAAGGUCGAAACAAUGAGAAGAUUGUUCACCACGCUACGUUGAUGACAUUAUGUUGAUGGAAUGUUAGUCAGAUUAUGUUUAUGGCUUGUUAGUUUGGUUAAUUUCCCAGUAAGGUCCGAGCUUCCUUAGACGACAGUUUGAAGAUUUAAAAGGGGAUACAAUCUUAGAACCAAGUGUUCGAAUAUUUGUGUUUUGCAUUUUGCUCAGAAUUUGUAAUUGUUUGUACAAACAUGAGCAAGUGAAAGAAAUUGUGCGACAAUGGUUUACUAUUGCAGCUAUCGAUAGUACGGUGUUUUUAUUUACAGAAAAUAUCUGUCUGAAGUCAUUUUUUUUCUUUAUUCAAUCACAAAUCAUUAUUUUAAUAAUUCUGAUGCUGCUGCAGUGCGGUGAUUCAUUGAAUCAGAGGGAAUUUACUACAUCCAAUCGUAAAUGCUUCUAUAAUAACAUUCAAACUAAUGAUAAACUUCUUGUAUUGUACAUUGAUUUACAUAAGCAUUGCUUAAAUUGAAAACAAAUGUUUAAAAAGCGACAACUGCUACAUUACUAUGACAUAAAUAUAUAUUUUUAUAUUAUUUAAAAUGAAAGUUGGCUGCGUGUUAUUUUGUGUUAAAAUUGCACUGAUAUAACCAAAAUAGCCUAACACAAAUGCUUAUUAUCAAGUUAUUUCAUUGUAUUUAAUAGACUGUUUAAUAUUUGUGUAUUAAUCUUUUAUUUUCGUUUUUCUUUGUACAUGCCUUUAUGAAAUAUUUAUAUAUAUAUAUAUAUAUGAGUAUUUAAGAUACACGCUUUUUCUAUCAGUUUUGUCAAAUCGCCUGAAUGUACAUGUAGUAAAAUACAUCAAUAAUGUUCUAGUAUGAAAGUAUAUAAGUCUAACAUGUAAAUUCGUAUUUAUGUUUUCAAAAUAUAAUAAAGUAAUCGC